AUGGAAAAAGAAGACGAGUUUCUUUUCACUUAUUUCUCAUACAUUUCUCAACAGUGCUUUGAUAAAUCCAAAGAACAUGUGGAAAAAGAAAAGCCGGCAAAAGGUCCUGUAACGCCCUACAUAACAUUUUUAAACUUUCUACAACAGCUGGGCGUGUCUGAGAAAAAUUACAUGGAAAUUGGGUUCAUGCACAAUAAGCAGAAGAGCUUUUUGAGAAAAGAUAACUCUUUACGGGCAACCUACGAUUACAUGAAAAACGACUUGAAGAAGAUUGAAGACAGUUGCAAAAACCAGAACAGGAGACUUCAGAAUUACUGCCAAAAUAUUACUCAAUUUAUAAACGCCAGAAUAAACUUAGUAGAUUUAUACGACAAAAUGUACAAACAAGCUCUCAGCAACAAACACAUGAUCUACAAAGACUUCCUCAACGAAAUCGAAACAAUAAUUCAAAGACAUUGUCUCGGUUUCACUGACAUAACUCUCACCCCUAUGAAAGCGGUCUUCAGUUUAGAAUGCGAAGUGGUCCAGCAACUAUUCAAAGCCAUGGUCGAACUUCAAAAGUUGAGAUUCCUACCGUCGCUAGCUCUCGUCCACGGUGCUCACGCCCGAUUAGCCGCUUGGGAAAACCGAAUGCAAAAGGAGACCUGGAAAUUGGGGCUGUUCAAAAACAGCCCUUUGCCCACGUUGUUUUUGUGGUUGCAAAAACUAAAGGGGGCAGUUUUGAGUAAAUUUAGUUUGUAUUUUCACGAUAUUUUGGCCAAUCAGACUACACCUAUGGACAUGAGGCAUUUGUGUUCGAGACUACACCAGGAUUUUUAUCAGAAAAUGGUUACUUUCCAAAGAAAAUAUGAAGCUGCUUGUGUAAUAUUACUUUCUGAUAAUCAAGUUAGUUGUGACACUGCUGAUUACGAUAGUUUUCCCAUUAUAGUAUCUUAUCCACCAAGAAGUCCUCCCCAAUUAGAUAUUAUAUUAAAAAUGAUCUCUGAUACCAAUGAACUGUUAACCCUCAAACCAAUAACGAAAUUUCGCUCAUUGGUAAGAACCGAUAGCAAUAGUAGCUUUUUAGAGGGUGUCCCGCAAUUCUAUUUUCAGGAUCAGUGCACCUAUUGUUUGACAAUGGUGGAGCCCAACAUAUAUUUCGUUAUAUUGUUCGAAUCUAAAAAAUCUGAAAAAGACGCCUGGAUAGAUUUCUCUAAAAAUUUUUGA